AUGGGAAACUAUUUGCAAAAACUCGAGCCGGCAGGAGGCAGCACACUGAAAAAUAGUGUCAGUGAAUCGGCUUCUCGGGCGAACGAGUUGUUGAAAUUGUUGGAUACCGGCUCAUCUCGAAGCAGCAAGAAGAGUAAGGAAGACGAUAAACGGAAGCGAAGUGGUAUGAGACUGUUUGUGAAUACUUUUGUUUUGUUUGCAGAGCCCAAAACCGAAGAAUCACCACGAAAGGCAAAAGAAAAGCGUCGUCACAAGGAAAAGAAAGAUGAGCCUUCAAGUUCGCAAAUUGUAGAAGAAGAGGAAGAUUCGGAUGCAGAUGCAGCGAUUAUUAAGAAGAAAAAGAAGAAAACUUCAAUCGAAGAUAGCUCUAGUACUGAGCAAAACGAGUUAGCUGAGAAGAAACGAUUGGAGAAGGAAGCACAAGCUGCAGCUGAACUUGAACAGAAAGAAUCAGAAAGAAAAGCAAAGGAGGAACGUCGGAAAGCCAAGCAAGAGAAACUGAAAAAAAAGGAAGAGGAAGAAAGGCAUAGGAAGGCUGAAGAUGCAGCAUCGAAACGAAGAAAAAGAGAAGCUGAAGAGCAAGCAUCACGUAAAAAGAAGAAAAAUGCGGUGAUAGAAAGUGAUGAGGACAAUGAAGAAAGUACCGAUGGCAAGUUAGUGAAAAAGUUUAGUUUUUCAUCUGAUUUCCUAUUUUUCAGACGUCGUCGUAAUGAUUCUCUACAUCUUCCUUCCACUUCCAAUGUUUCUGAGGUCAAUCCAUCGCAUUUCAAGCUAACAGAUUGCAAAGGCAAAUCCCGAAAACAGCUUCUCCAGGAGUACAAUUGUAUUACAACUUCUCUAACCGAAAUGAGAGAGUUUAAUGAGUUUCUUGAUGAAAGAAAACUGUUGAAAGAAUACGGUCAAUCGACUACCUAUUUGAAUCAACUGAAUGCAUUUCCUGAGGAACUAUUGCUUACAUGCGAUUCUGAAGCUUGCCCAUUUCUUCUCAAUUAUCAAAUUUCAAUCAGAAAUUUUCAGACCAAUGUCGGCUCUCUAUCAAGAAUCUCGGCGAAAGUGGACACCAUUGUUCAACGAAACGCCAACCGUUGCUCACUUAAAACAGUUUGUUUUGGGCUGAUGUUAGAUUUUGUAAUAAAAAUAAUUUUCAGAAGAUGUGUGAACUGCAACAAAUGGUUAUCAUCAGUGUCAGAAGAUGUUUGGCGGAAUUACUUGGGAGCACACAGCAUUUAUUGUUCUGUGAAGUGCAUUGCAGGAAAAGUUGACAGUGUUUCAAAGAACCAAGAUGGUGAAACUGCUACAGUAAUGAACUCAUUGACUGGAGAAACUGUGAUGGCUGGUGUAUAUACUCGAGAACUUUUUUCGUUCUUUCUACUUUCUCCUCACUGGCUGCCACUUCGCGUUGAUCCCAAAGAAGGUCCGGAUGCUGUUAAUGCUGAAGUCAUUAGAAAAAAGGAGUUGGAAAGAGAGAAGGAAAAAGAGCGAGAGAAAGAGAAGGCAAAUGAGCAAGCGAGAAAACAAGCGGCACUAUCAAAACCUAUUCCAAAAAAGAAACCUGAAACGGUUGAUUCGCUGCGACAAGCUACCAAAACUCAAUUGGAAUCUGCUAUGAUUACUCGAGUUGAAAAGAUGAAAAUAAAAGGAAUCGAUAGAAAUGAGAUACGGGAACUCGCUGAGCAGAUUGAGGAGAAGAUUUUCGUCAGGUACAAUCGCGAUAGUUACAACCCAAAAUACAAGGCAUGGAAACAACAGUUUGUCCAUAACUUCAAUGUGGACAGCGCAAGAGAUUUUGUCACAGGAGUCAUUUUGAAACGAUUGAGUAUUGAGAAGCUAACAUCAAUGGAUGCCAAUUCCCUUAGAAAUCCUUCGUACUGGAAUUUAAAACCGAUUGGAAUUCCAAUCCAAGCGAAAAGGAAAUCCAAUGCACCGCGCAAUCCAUUGGAUUCUAUAAUCGGUGAUGAUACGAGAGACACAACUGCUGAACACAUGUCCCAUGCCUUUUCCAAGACCUGCAAAACUUGUCAAGCAAAACAACUCGCAGAUGCCCAAGAGAAGAUUCGUAAGCAAGAGGAAGAGAAUGAGUUGCGAAAAAGAAGAGAGAAAAACCGAGAGCUUCGAGAAGCGAUGCGUCAAGAUGAAAUAGAACGGAACAGACGUGCUUCAGAAGCUAGGAAAAGAAAAGUGACAGAGGAUCGCGAAGCAUGGGAGCAACAGAAGCAAAAACGACGGGAAGAACGAGAUCUUGAGAUGGACGAUGACAAUGAUUAUGGAGAUGGAGGAAUGACACCAGUCUAUGAUUUCGAAGCAGACGUUUCAACUACCAAAGAGCAAUCAUCCGAAAAACGACCCAGGAAGUCCGAAAGGCGUGAUUCCGAGAAAAGACCCUUGGGAGUUACGGAUUCUUGGGAGUUACCAAUUCGCAUUUAUAUGGCUGAUGAACCAUUCGACUCGAUUGCCACACCAAUUUUCGCUCAAACAGACGAAACACGUCCGCUGUUCCGUCUUUUCGAACGCCAUCUGAAAGAUCAAACGUUCAAUUUGCACACACCUCGUCGUAUACAAGCUUUUCUCAUUGAAUCCAACAAUGCCAUGAACGAUACAAGGUCAUGUGCGUUCGCAGUGUUGAAGUUAACAGCUGCAGGAACCUCCAACAGCUAUCAUAAAGUUCUCGAUUACAAUCUUGAUCAUGACAAUGUGUAUCAACUGAGUUUUCCAGUCGGCGAUGAGAUUCUCUCGAUCUUUCUCUUCCCACACAGAGGAUCCGAAAUUUUACAUGAUACAUUCGCUCCGGUCACAUACAAUAUUGGAACUACUGAAAACUGCUUUAUGCUCAUCAUAGUGCUUCGUCCCAAAUAUGCGGAACGUUUCCAAUAUUCCGUUCGAGUGUGUGAUCAAGAAAUGAAGGCACAAUUACUCAAAAUGGAACGAGAGAAGAUUAUGCAAACUUCCUGGCGACAGACUCAAGAUCGGGAUGAUCGAGAUGGGAAUUCGGAAAAACCACCGAAUGGCAUAGAAAAGACACCGUCAGCGGAAAAGGACGACAGUGAAAACCCUGACACUCACAGGCCUGGCUCAUCGGUUACCCCUCAUGCGUCAGCUGGUGCUUCCGAGAAUGGUGAAGAUUUGGCAGCCAAAAAAGUGAACUUCAUUCUUCAAAUUGUCAAUAGUGCUAAACAAAUAAAAGAAAUAGUUGCAUCAGCGAAGGACUUCAUGUCUGAUCCAGAUGUUUCUGAUGCUGAUAAGGAAAAGAUCAAGGCGAUUAUUCAAAAGAAAAUAGAUGAGGAAAAAGCGUUGAAAAAGGCAGAGAAGGAGAAGAACAAACAGAAAAAUCCAAUGAUAGAUCAGGAAGAUUCGUUAGACGGAAUAAGAAAUGGAGCAGAGCCUCUGAUACCGGUGGCUCAAUCAAUCGAUUUCAGUAAACCUCCUCCGAUUUUUUCACAAGCACCUCCUGUCUUUACUUCGAUGGAAAUGCCAACAUUGUCGAUUCCUGUCCAACCAUCACUAGUGCCACCCAUUCCAGGCAAACCAGAUUCUUCCUAUGUCACACCAAUGCCAUCUCAUAUUAUUCCUGUGGCUGCUCCAGUACAAAUCAAUCCAAACUUUGCUAUUCCCCCAGUUCUAGUGCCACCUCCAAAUCAAAUGAAGCGAGGAGGACCAGCUUACCUAGAAGGUCUCGGAAUGACUGAUAACGAGAUCGUCGAAGAUGCCAUUCGUCGCGGAAUGGUAGCCCCGAUCCCACAAGAACUUCUUCGACCGUCUGGCCCUGGACAUAUUCGAGAGAAUGUGCAUCUUGCGUCCAAUGUGCUGGGUUCACAUUCUCUAGAAGAUGAUAUGCGUAAGCUGAUGGAAAUGGAAAGGCGGAUUGAAAUGGAGAAACGGUUUAUGAAAGACAUGGAUGAAAUAGAAGCAAGAAGAAUUGCGAGACAAUCGGGUAACGGACCACCAGCACCACGUGAUUUACGACGACCUGACUGGAUUGAAGAAAGAAGAGAUCAUCCAUCAGCUGCUGGAAUGAAUCAUCGUGGUCCCUAUUCGAAUCCACCUCCUCAUCCGCAUCUUCCACCAAGUUCGUCUUCCAAUCUCAGUCCAGCUCCCCACUCAAUGCCACCUCGCCCUGGUCCAGUCCCUGAACCAGUUCCACCUCCGCAGGUGGCGCCGUCCACUCACCCUAUUCCUGUCUCCCAACCUGUGCCGCCAACGUCACCGGAUAAACCACCUCAAGGUUCGUUUCUCAAAAACAGAGAUCGGGGAUAUAACUUUUCUGAUUUGUAUUUUCAGCUCCACCACCUCCACCACCAUCGUUGUCUUCCGAAUCUAGUAUUAAAAAGAAAAACAAGCGGAACUCCCGUGCUAGACGGAGACGCAAUAGUGAUCAAAUGGACCUUGAUAGUGGUUCAGAUGGUGGAUCAACGAGUAAAAGUUCUUCUCCUUCUCCAUCUCCUCCCCCUCCGCCACCUCCACCACCGCCAUUGGAUUCCCAAUUUAUUAAACAGAAUACCAUCUGGUGUCCCUCUUCCAGUUCCACCUCCACCUCCAAUGUUUUCCCCAUCUAUGAUAUGUCCGCCACCUCCACCUCCGCUGCCAAGCGAAGACAAGAAGAAGGCUCCUCCGCCACCUCCGAUCAAAGAAGAUAGAGUGGUAGAAGAAAGAGAAGUUGUUGAAAAUGGUAGAAAAUCAACGCCUCCAACGCCUAUGAUGUAUGCAACACCUCCACCACCAUUGAGAGGACAUGACGGUCCAUGGCGAGGAAGUGGAAUGCCGCCACCACCUCACCGUGGAAUGAUGCCACCGGGAAUGCUAAGAGGACGUGGUGGACCACCACCAAGAGGAAUGCAUCCGCCAUUUAGAGGAGGACCGCCAAUGAGAGGAGGGCCUCCAAUGAGAGGAGGACCUCCGAUGAGAGGAGGACCUCCAGGAGGACCACCUGGACGAGGUGGACCCCCAAUGAUCGGAGGAGGGCCUCCAAUGAGAGGAGGGUUCCCUCCAAGAGGUGGACCAGGAAUGGGACCACCAACAUUCUUCCAAGAUUCUCCUCGGGGUCGCGGAGGUCCACCACCACACGGACCACCAAGAGGUUAUCAUAUGGGACCGCCUGGACCAUUGGGAGGACCGCCUGGACCGAUGGGACCACCUUUGGGACGACCGGAACCACAAGGAAUGAUGGGAGCACCUUCGGGACCGUCUGGACCAAUGGGAGCACCACCUGGACCGAUGGGACCACCCCGGGACGGAAUGAAUACUUGGAGAAACGGACCACCACCCGGUCCGAACCAUGGUCCGCCAGGAGGAGGUCCAAAUGGAAAUAAUUCAUGGCAUAAUAGAUUUUAG